GCCCUUGACCAAGCAAAACGCACAUUAAUAUCAUCUAACAAACGCCGUGAUGAAGACAUUUAUACAAAGUAGUAAAUAAUUUACCUGCAAUCGUUCUCGUAUUAGUAUUCAUACCUUUAAACAAGAUAUGCGCGACUGUGAAUCCAUAGCAACAAACAGAAAAAAGCGUUUUCUUCAGACAAUCGAUACAUUUAUAGCUGGAUUUUUAGUCAUUGCGUGGAUGCGAUCCGAUCCCGGCAGAAAAGACACCGGGCGGUGCGCCCAACGACUACUCUGGCCCCAGCUUUGUUCAUCCCGAACGAUUUGCAGACUUCAGACCGGUCAUGGAAACAUUUUGUAAAAAUGACC